AUGGCGGUACGGGAGUUAUGUGGACUGUUGGCGGUCCUUGCUGUCUUCUCUCCAGUUCUAGUUGAAGGCAACAAGAAGAUUUUCUGCUACUACAGCAGUUUUGCUCAGACAAGAAACGGUAUCGGCAAGUUCCUGCCUGAGGAUAUCGACCCUUACCUCUGCACACAUAUCAUCUACGCCUUCGUCGACAUCACCCCAAAUGGACGGGACCUUCUUGCUUUCAACUGGAAUGACCAGGGACCCAACGGCCUGUACGCCAGAACCAUUGCCUUGAAGAACAAGAACCCAGACCUGAAGGUUCUUCUUGCUGUCGGAGGCUGGCAGAUCGGCUCCAAGCCAUUCAUCCCUAUGAUCAGCAAUGAGUACAACAGGCGGUCAUGGGUGAAGAACGUCGUCAGAUACUUAAGAUCAAAUAACUUUGAUGGGUUCGAUAUGGACUGGGAAUUCCCUGCCACACGUGGCAGCCCCCCUGAGGACAAAUACAGGUUCUCCCUGCUGAUGAAGGAACUGCAAGAAGCUUUCAAAGCCGACGCGUACAACUCGGGCAAGGAGAAGCUACUGCUGACUUGUGCCACCGCUUCAGGCACAUACUACAUUGACCAGUCCUACGAACCACACAAGCUUGUCAAGUACAUCGACUACAUGUUCUUGAUGACAUACAACUACCACGGUCAGUGGGAGAAACAAACAGGACAUCACAGUGGCCUCUGGAAACACAGAAAUGAUCCUCCAGGCGAGAAGAGUGAGCUUCAUCAGCAAUGGUCAAUUGAUUACUGGCUUAACAUGGGAAUGGACAAGGACCGCCUGAUUGUAGGAAUACCCACCUACGGUAUGAGCUUCACCCUGGCUAACCCCCACCAGCACGGCGUGUUCGCCCCAGCCAGAGGCGGCGGCAGGAUGGGCAAAUACACUAGCGAGACCGGCAUCCUCUCUUACUAUGAGAUCUGCGAGAGCAUCAACCGUGAGGGCUGGAAGACUGAAUGGAUUGAUGACCAGGGUGUCCCUUACGCUUACGGCGGAGACCAGUGGGUUGGAUUCGAGACCCCAGAUAGUAUCAAACUGAAGUCUGACAACAUAAUUAAGCGUGGUCUCGGAGGAGCUUUUGUGUGGUCUGUUGAGAUGGAUGACUUUAAAGGAAGCUGCGGCAAUGGGCGUUAUCCUCUUCUCGGCACCAUCACCAAGAUUCUGAAACCUUACAGUGGACGCAGGGCCAACACCGCUGAUUCAGCAACUGUCCCCAGGUGGAAGCCUACCCCCAAGCCUAACCCUAUUGCCCAGCCCAAACCCCAGUGGACCAGAAGACCCGCAGGAGCUGAGAAACCCAGAAGUAAAUCUCCAUGGGCUAAGCCUACCAACAAACCCUCGUGGAGGUCCAAGCCAACAUGGAAGCCAAAACCAACAUGGAAGCCCAAGAACGACUGGAAGAAAUCUGAAAAGAGUUGGGAAAAGGUCAAAACCACCCCCAAGCACUGGAACGUCCGCCCCACGGGAAGACCCAGCAUGCCUAAGCAUGACCAUACAACCCACUCACCCAAACAGAGCCCCUGGCAAAAACCCGGCACAAAACAACCAUCAGCAGCUGGGAGUAUCGACUGCAAACAGCUUGGAGUUGGAAUGUUCACUGAUCCCGCCUCCUGUGAACGUUUCAUCAUGUGUUUGCCUGGAGCCUGGCUUGACUACGGACCAAUCAAGAUGGAUUGCCCCGCCGGAACGAAAUUUGACGAGAACUUGAAAAUAUGCAACCACGCCAACAGUGUAGAAUGUUAUGAUUAA